UUAUUAGGAAGGAUUUUAUUGAGAAAAUGAUACGAGUGCUGAUAACAAGAGGUUAAGGAGUAAAGGGCAAGUAAGUAAUUGGACAAAAAUAAUUCCGCGUCAACGUUGGCGACCCGGUUUUGGACUGCGAAGCCUUUAUAGAAAGAACUAUGUUUGGUUAUUACAAUUUAUAUUAAUUCAAAUGAAACUCAAUUCCACUCUCCACACCUUUCCCAGAACCUUCCCUCUCUACUACUCUAAUCAAUCUUCACUCCCUCCUUUCCUUUUAUUUAUUCAUUUUAAUUAAUUAAUUAACAAUUUUGUAUUCAUUUCUCUUCCAAAUCCUUUACUUUAAAAAUCAAAACUUUUAUCCAAUGUCUUUCCCCACUCACCACCUCCCACUCCCACCUCCAUUUCCAUCGGAAUUUACAGACACACCGAAACCCAUCAUGACCAGCAACGAUAACCUCUUCAUGGGUGACCCCACAAACUUCACUACUCCAAACGACAAGAAUUACGCUCUCAGUGGUAAGAUUAUGCUUAGCGCCAUAGUCAUCUUGUUCUUCGUUGUAAUUCUCAUGGUAUGUCUUCAUCUCUACGCACGUUGGUACCUCCUCCGUGCCCGCCGUCGUAACCAGCGCCGGAAUCGGAACCGCCGUAAUCACCUAGUAUUUCACAUGGACACAACUACCUCAGCCACUGCCGCCGCCACGCGUGGGUUAGACCCGGCUGUUCUUAAUUCGCUUCCUAUUUUUGUCUUCUCAUCCAAAACCCAACCCGAUUCGGAUCCCAACACCGCCAUGGAAUGUGCCGUGUGCUUGUCUGAAUUCGAAGAGAACGAAAUGGGUCGCCGGUUACCCAAAUGCAACCACAACUUCCACACCGAAUGCAUCGACAUGUGGUUCCACUCCCACUCCACCUGUCCCCUCUGCAGAUCUCCAGUUGAACCGGGUCCGAACCCGGAGCUUGAGAUCCUGACCGAAGUAUGCGUUGCUGAACCGGCCCGAAUCGAAUCGGGUCACGGAAGCAGUUCCGGGUUAUGCUCGGAAUGCGACCGUACGUCUUCUUCUUCUUCUUCUGCGAUGGGUUCAUCGUCGUUUGGGGCUCGGAGAAAGCCGUUUGAGCUUGUGGGUGUGUCUAUUGAAGUUCCGAGAAGGAACGAGAGCUUUGGGAGAAUAGAAGAGGAAUCUAGUUAUACCUCGCCGUCGGGUCAAACGUCGUCGUUUAGGUCUCCGAUGAGUCGGAUGUUAUCGUUUAAGAGGAUUCUCAGUAGAGAUAAAAGAGGAAGUGGGAUGAUGUCUCCGUCGGGGAGUGGUACUCCGACCGGUUACAGCGCCGUGAACGAGUUGGAUAUUGAGCGAGGCAAGGAUGUGACUCACUGAGUUGGGGACAUUAGUAAAUUACUAAAAAGUGGAGAGUUUGACUCGAGAAGACAGAAGAGACUUUGAGGGUAAAUGUGUAAUUUUGUACGAAUUUGUCGCGCUGCCUUUUGUGUGACGAUAGAAUAUUUGACUUGUAAAUAAUAUCUCAUUUAUUUCAACAAGAAAAAAAAAAUCCAUUUAAUUCAUUUUAUUUAAUGUGAAGGGAAGGAGUGUACCUUUUUGGGUGGACCUCUUCAAUAUAAUAAGCUCAAUAUUUAUAAUUAUAAAUUAAAAAUUUCUUGUCUAUUUUAUUAUUUGACCAUAUGAGGAAUUCAUUUUCCUUAUUUAUUUGUUUAUUUUUUUUUUCUUAAUGAGAAGAUAUUUUUGGUGUAUUUACAAUCAUGAACCAAAUUGUCAUUUU